AUGCGAAUCUGUGUCUUUCAAUCCAGCUUCGAGGAGCUUCAAGCUUCAGUCGGCGAUUCACAAGAACUAUGCAUGAAUCCGGGACAACAUAUCACGCAGCAUGAGAUAACACACAAAACGAUCCACAAAGAGACGGCAAGGGCCCAAAUUGAUGAGGCAGUCAGCGAAGGCCAUGACUUCUACUUGAAUCUCAUGUGGGGUACGCAUGACGACUCGCUCGCCGGCGUUGAUGCAAUCCGAUACUUUGAAUCAUUGAACCUUCCCGCUGCUGGAAUUCAAAGCUCCGAACGAGAACAGUCUAAACAGGACUUCCUCGCCACUGCCAAGGCUGCAGGUCAGCCUCGGAUCCCAGGCACUACCGAGUUUCCCUUGUUUGUCAAGCCUGCAUCAAGCUAUGGAAGCAUGUUCAUCGAUGAACAUUCUUUGUGUCAGAAUGAAGAUGAAUUGAGCAGCUGCAUCAAGAAAAUGAACCGACAAAUGCGCCCUGUGCGCGUACUGCGAGCUCAAGCGGUUGGAAAUCCGGAUCCCGACCUCUAUGCCGAUACCCUCGAGGCAGCUGGGCGACAUAGCUCGGAUCUCGUCGUGCAAGAAUUCAUCGGCGGAGAGGAGUAUUCAGUCGUGGUGAUUGCCAUGGGAGAAACGCCGUGGCCCCUCAAUCCCCAGCAUGCCAAGUACAAGCAGGAGGAUGGCAAAGCACCCUUCCUGACAUUGGAUCUGAAGUUCGACGAGGAAUCGUGCUACGAGCUGCUCAACGAGAGCGACGACCCCGAGCUCUGGCAACAUCUUCAGGAAACAGCAGUUCAAGCGUUCACAACAAACAAAAUGCACACGAACUAUAUGGGCUGUGAUGUGGAUAUGCGCAUUGGUCUGGAUGGGAAGGCCUAUGUCAUCGAAGUUGACCCCCUUCCUGUCUUCUUCUAUCCUAUGGGAUCCCAGCUUGAGGAUACUGAUGUCCAGCGGAGCUUUCCGGGGAGCUAUCGAGCGGUUCUCAAUACGUAUAUCACGAACUAUUUCCUCAAGAAUCCCGACCGACGUGGACUCAAUCGUGAUGAACUAGAUGGGCAGAGUGAGUCGGUAUUCAGAAAUGGCAACGGACAAGCCAUGACAAUCCAAGAAAUGUCCGAGAUUGCCAUGCUACGAUCAUAUCGAGGCACUUUGCUGGAUAUUGGUCGCCGAGAUGGAGGCAUCGCACGCCUUCUACAAUCCAUCCCACAGAAUGAGAUCACAACCUUGACCGGGGUCGACAUAUCGAGUGAGGAUACCCAGACCUGUCAAGAAGACACGCCAUAUGCUCAUGCCCAUCAUAUGAAGCUUGAAGUUUAUCUUUCUCAAAUGACAGAGCCAGUCGAUCAUAUUAUCUGCAAUUUGACGGUGCAAUAUCUUCCCAUAGAAGGACUGGACUUUGCUUUGGCUCGGUUUUUCCAGCUUGCAAGAAAAUCCAUUACUAUGGUGGUUUCUCAAAAGGUGCUUGUUUCUGGCAGCGUUCGUGGUCCAUUGAAUGAGAUCCGUGAAAGUAUCAAAACAUUCCAGAUUCCGUCAGAUUGGACUAUUGCGCCGAGAGAUGGCUCUGAUGGCCUCGAAUGGCUGUUCUCUUUCGAGCGCAAACUCCGAUAA